UAUUAUCUCCCUUCAAAUCAGAUCCUUCUGCUGGAACAAGACAGUUGUGUGAAAACUCUGAAAGCUUAAACUUCAGUUCCUAAAGUACCGUUGGAAUCCGAGGUUCCAAACCAAACCCUCAAUCAAACAAACUCUGCAACUAACUUUAAUGGCAACUGGAGACUUCAUUAAUAAAUCCCUUUCACUUCCUCCAUACCCCGAGAUGAUUUUGGAGGCAGUUGAGGCACUGAAUGAAGGGAAUGGUUCGAAUAAAACAUCAAUUUCCAAGUACAUAGAAUCUAGGUACGGUGUAUUGCCUCCGGGCCACAAGGUACUGCUCAAUGUACACCUUGCAAAAAUGAGAGACAGUGGGGUGCUUGACUUUUGGAAGAAUAACUACACCAAGCGUGACCCAAACGCGCCGCCGCGGCGUGGCCGUGGCAGGCCACCUAAGCCCAAGGAGCUUCUGCCUCCGGGCAUUGUCCAGUCACCGCCCAGGCCCAGGGGCCGCCCCCCAAAGGGCCCAAGUGACAUGCAAAGGCCACCCAAAGCCACGGCUGGGAGUGGCAGGCCCAGAGGCCGGCCUAGGAAGAUGGCCCGGCCCGCCGGAGGAUUUGGCGAAGCAUCGGGUUCCUCGUUGAAGCCCAGCGGGAAGCCCAGGGGAAGGCCUCCGAAAGUGAGGCCAGAAGGGUUGCAUGGAUAGGGAUGUGUUGUGUCUGCAAAAAGUGGAACUGAAUAACUGUUGUGUGUUGACUUGAGUCUUUUGUGUGUACAACUGUGUAGUGUAGUUGCUGAGACUUUGUUGAGUGUACAUUGGAAUUGUGAAAAUAGGACAAUGGGUAGACUUAAUGGAAUCGAUCUCUAAAAUUCUUCGUGUGAA